UUAAUUUAAUAUGAGACCACAGUUGACGGUCAAUAAAUAAUUUUUAUAUAAUUUUGCUAAGGUUGUUUUAAAUACAAAAUUAGUAUGAUUAUUAUUGGUUGAUUUGUUUAUUUUAUUCACAUAUUGACUAUUUUUUCUUUUUUUCAUUUGGCAAAUUUUCUUGUAGCUCAAUGACUGGCAAGGCCUAGUUUGCAAAAAAUUAGUUCGAGAUGUGAAACAAUAUUUAAAAGAAGAUGAUUUAAUAUUAACAUAUUUGGAUGAUUCUUGGAAGCCUAUUAUUAAGUUAAACAAAUGAUGGUGAUCCUUUUAUACAAAGUAGUACUACAAGCUUGGUUGUAGAAGAGAUUACAUCCAAUUCACCUGAUGAUGUUUCAAUUUUAAUUAGUGAAAAUAUGGAUAUUAAACCAGAUAUUCAAUCAGUGUCUGAUUCACCCAUUGACAAAUUACAGACAAGUUUUCAACCUGGAAAUAAUCAAGAAGAACCAACAUCAAGCUUUCAAGAUUUUCAACAUGAUCAAAUGAAAACAGUGGAUUCAUCAAUUGCUGUUAAAUCAGAAGAGAUUACAAAAAGUCAAGUACACCAACUCCAAGUAUGGAUAUGAGACCACCACCAUUUGUAGGAUAUUCGGGACAAAACAAUGGAAUUGGACCUUCUGAUAUUCCAUCCAGAAGUAAUACUCCCAAUCAACAAUCCGCCGGAGCUUUAAAUCUCUCUCCAAGUGUGGAAAUGUCCAAAGUUAAUGGAAAUUGUCAACGAAAAGAGUCCAGAACUUUCCCCCUCUAUUGUCUAUGAAUCAAUUCCGUCUUCAUUACCUUUACAUCCAAUUAACACCGAUGAUCUUGAUGGUCGAGAGUCUCAUUUAUCACCUCAAUCUGAAUCGUCAUCUGAUGCAAAAGGAACAGGUUUUGUUGAUAAUGUUAAUAAUCAACCAAGUGAAACAACAACAGCUACACCAGCAACUGAAUCAACACCUUAACCUUUGAUUGAUACUGGUAGAGAUCAAUACAGUUUUCCAUCAAAUCAGGAAGAAAGUAAAAUCCAAGAGAGUCACAAGGAUGAAAGUCCAACUGAUGAAGUUCACCAUCAUGGUACAGUUGAAACAGAAAUUCAGAAUCCAAAAAUUAACGAGGUUUCAUCAACUCCAUCACCAAUACUUCAACAACAACAACAACAAUUACCUGCAUCAUCACAACCUUCAAAUUAUAACCAACAACAACCUUUACCGAAUCAAGAUGAACCAGUGCAUCAAUACAACCAACCUAAUUAUCAUCAUCAAACUGUGCAUCAACAACAACAACCUCAACGUCCACCAAUUAUUGGUACAAAUGAUGAUUAUAAACACAAUAAUCAACCUGAUUAUCCCUCUGAUGAAAUGACACAUCAGAUGGCAGCUGAAGUAGAGAAACAAUCUUAUCUUUCCCCCUCAUCAUCAUUAUAUUUACCACCUCAACAAGAAUCAGUGACAACAGACUUACCUUUAUCAUCAUUACAACCAUCACCUGAUUCAGAUUCAGAUUCAUCUCUACAUCUCUCAUCAUCAGUUAAUAAUCAAAAUUUUGAUUCCAACUUGGCGCUUCCAAUGCAAUCAUCAUCAUUACUUUCCAACAGUGCAAGUCCAUCUGACCAACAAUCAACUUUCAAUGGUCCAUCUGAAUCAUUAACUGAUAGUUUUACACAAACAACUUUCACCGAAACACCGAUAUCAACAAAUUAUCCUGACGCAAUGCGCUCACAAAUUACUUUACUCACAACACUUUUACCAGAACCAGUGAUUGACUAUUUACAUCAUGUUAACUUUUCACCAUCAAUUUUUGUCAUUCUAUUGAUGAUAACAAUUACCUGGUUGGUUAUGUUUAUCACAUCAAAAAUCCUCUCCUCACAUAAGGAGAAAGUUUCCCUAGAAGAUCAACUUUGCCGUAACCAUGGGGAAAAUUUUAACCUUAAAACAGAAAGAGAUUAUCUAUUUGAUGAGUUGGCGGCUGAGAAAGAAAAGAAUUCACGUUUACUCAAGGAACAUCUAGAGAUUAAGAUCUUUUUCCUAUUCUAAUUUAAUAACGAUGGCGAUGGAGAUGCUUCAUACAAAGUAGGACUACAAGCUCGAUUGAAGAAGAGAAUACAUCCAAUUCUCCUGAUUAUGUUUCAAUUUUAAUUAGUGAAAAUAUGGAUAUUAAACCAGAUAUACAAUCAGUGUCUGAUUCACCCAUUGACAAAUUACAGACAAGUUUUCAACCUGGAAAUAAUCAAGAA